AUGUGCGCGAAUGCUACUUCAACGACUCGGUCGCCGCCGACCGCAUCGACCGGUCGCUCUCUGUUUUCUAGACUGACAGCCCCGUUGAAGUCGCGUACGCGAAACCUGGCAGAUUUCCAAAUUGAACCCCUCGAACCUCAUCGACGAUAUGCACCUGGAGAUCUAGUCAGGGGUGCCGUUGUAUUGACUGUCGUCAAACCGGUUCGAAUCACCCACCUCACUGUCUGCCUUCAUGGUUUCGUACACGUCUACAAGAAUGCCAAUGGGGCGAAUGAGCCCCUGCCAGAUACGGCGGCAUUUGCUUCGGGCAAUCCUCUGAAAUCACAAUACUUUGGGAACGGUUAUUGUUCACUCUUUCAAGAUGAAAUGACAUUGUGCGGCGAAGGCAGACUUGAAGCUGGGGUAUAUCGAUUUAAUUACGAGCUGGAAUUUCCCACCAAGGGUAUUCCCACCAGCGUCGACUUCGAGAGAGGAACGAUAUCAUACCAGAUUUCUUCGACGGUAACACGGCCAACAACAAUAGCCGCAACUUCGAUGUGCGAGAGGAAGGUCGAGCUGGUGGAGAGAGUGGAUAUCGGUCCUUUAGGUCCACCUCGACCCCGAACCAUAUCACUGGAACCAAUAUCGAAACGAGCAAGGAGGAAGAAAUCUCUCAAGCCAAAAGACACUCCUUUAUCCCGCGAACUCACGGGCACGAGAUCGAUUAGUGAUUCGACCGGAGCUACAUCACCGCGGCCGGACGAAUCGGCGAGUCAAGUAGACAUACUCGAGAACCCAAUACAACCUCGAAGCCCAACACAAAGCGACGCUCAAAGUGCCUUCAGUGCAGAUACUGGUAGUACAAUUAGCAGUAGUACCGGUCUCAGCUUUCGGUUGGGCCCUGUUCCAUCAUCAGCACGGUCGACUCGAGAUAGUCAAGGGAAUAGCAGCAAUUCCCUGGAGGAUAAAACUAUCACGGCCACAAUAGAAUUGCUCAAAUCCGGAUGUUUACCAGGAGAUUAUCUUCCACUAAAGAUAAGUGUACAGCACACUAAAGCUAUCAAAAGUAUGCAUGGAAUUAUUAUUACAUUGUAUAGACAAGGACGAAUAGAUUCUGCACCUCCGCUAUCACUUUUCAAGGAUAUUAAAGGGAAGGAAGCCGAAAGACUGAAGCAUGAGGAAUACUAUCCUAAAUCUAAGACCGGUUUGGGUGGCCUGUCACUUAGUUCAGCUGGAUCGACUAGUGUCUUCCGGAAGGACCUUUCACAGACGUUCGCACCACUCAUCGUUGACCCUUCAACACUAACUACGCAUGUUACAGCAUCCGUCAGGGUUCCCGAGGAUUGCUUUCCAACUAUAAGUGGUGUGCCCGGCCAGAUGGUGAAUUUCAAGUACCACGUUGAAGUUGUAGUUGAUCUUGGAGGGAAAUUAGCUGGCCAGCAAAGACAUGUACCACGUGUUGGAACUGUCAGCUUACCUGCCACUUAUGGGAGCACCGGAAACAGAUCGGAAGGAAACGCCAGCAUGUUAGCUGCCUUUGGGGGUAGUAUUGUCGAUACAGAUCAUAUCAGGCGAGAGAAAAGCGUGGUUGCGUGUGUUUUCGAAGUCAUUGUUGGAACUAUGGAUAGUGCUCGGAAUAAAGCAAGGCAUAGGGGCAAACAACCGGCUGGAUCUUCGGACUCAAGGCCAAUCACACCAUCUCUCGCUCGUAAGCCCGUACCCGAGGAACCAUUUGACCACGAAUAUAUACACCGGGAACACGCGGAACAUCCCAACCGUCCUUAUCAAUAUUACGACCCGAGUUACGAAGAACCGUAUCCUUAUGAAUACCACCAAAGCUAUGAACAGCAUGCCGAUCAUUAUGCUAGAUAUCCACCGCCAUCACAUACACAAAUAUACGUUCCACCACCAGAAACCGAGACACAAGCCGGUCUGAGUGAGAAAGAACGAAUUAGGAGAGCAGAACAGAGACUUCUUCCCAGUCAGCCUCCAGAUUUUCAAGCAUCAUCAUCAUCGUCGUCAUCAUCGGCGGCAGUAGUGGACCCUAUCGGAUCAUCUGCACCCCCUAACCCAGCUGACGAAGAUCUCUACACCGCCGAUGGUCUACCACCAAGCAGUCCCACACCCCUUGCAUCUCAUCUAAUUGACUCAGGUUCGCACUUGGAAGAGUCUCCAGCCAUCGGCCCAUCUGCCCCUAGCCUUUCAGAUCUUACCCCGCAUCCCUCGAACGUUACAGAAGAUAAACAAGAACUCGAACGACAAAGACUCCUAGCUGAAGCGAGCGCACCCUCGGAGUUUCCAGACAUGGAAGAAGAGGGUGAAAAUAGCCGACAGGGUCCUGCUGCUUCGGCACCACAUGAUCAUGAACCCUCGGCUCCGAUAUUUCACGAAGAAGAUGAAUAUGGAACAGGUUAUGCACAUCAAAAUUUUGACGGGGCGAGGGCGAAUCAGGAGAAUUUACCUCCGAGAUAUGAAAGGUAG